UGGGGCUGAAAAUGAAGGAACCAAAAAGCAUGUGGAUAAAACAUUGAACAAAAAUCAGAGCUUAAAAAACAAUUACAGAAAUAAUUUCAGAAGAGGAUGCUUCUCUAUGGCGCAACGUCCACCAGAUGCUCGAUGAUAUGCCCCAGAGGAAGCCAAACCGAACAAUCACCCAGAAAAUCACUUAUUUCUCUACCUUCCACGCCCUUUACUACUACAACAGGCCAGGCAAUAGCUGCCGCCAUAGUCGCCGGCGCCGCCGUAUUGGCGCUGUCGGCGGGCGCAAUUGAAGUAGCGGCGCCGGCGCAGCCGGAGGAAACACUGUCGAACAUACCUCAGACAUUGUCAAGCGAGUGCACUCCUGAAAUGAAGUGCACAAAAAGGUACAAAAUCCAAAGGCCUAAAUCGAGAAAAGCCGAGAGUUGCACCGGUAAAUGCGUCACCACUUGCAUUCAGGGUGGCUUCGGUUCUCCCGGCGAAGGCCCUUUUAACAUCAGGAAGCCUCUGGUGGUAUUCAAGGAUGGUUUUCGCAGUCGAAAAUAUUGUUUGUCAGAAUGCUCUGAUAUUUGUAACUUGAUUGGAGAUGGUGAUGAUGGGCCCUGAAUUUGAUUCAUUCUUUGUAAUUACAUUUACACACUUGUCCACAUUUCUUUCAUGCUAAUUCACAAAUAGGGUGAGCAAUUUGUAUGUCAAUAUAUACAUUGUGCAGUUUGAUGCUUCAAACUCGGCAUUCCUCGGAGUUUUGAAACACGCUGUAUCGAAAACAAUUUUGAGAUAAACACUAGUCGAGAAAGAAAAACGGAUUUCUGGCACACAUCCUAGAUUGCACAUAUUACUUCUGUUUAUCUUUUUUACUUUCUUGAUCCAAUGUUAUUCUAACUAGGGGUGUAACUUGUAAGUACACCGAGUCAAGCCGAACGCAUGGUUAUUCAAACUUGUUUUGAAUUUUUAUCGAACUUUUAUUGUUUUUUCUA